AUGUCCGCCGCUCACGCGACCGUCACCGCGUCGACGUCCGCGCCGUCGUCGCGGCGUCUCACCGCUCGCGCGGCGACGGCGGCGUCGCGUCCUCUCGCUCGACAGAGCGCGAGCGCGAGCGCGAGCGCGUCGUCGCGUCGUCGUCGUCGUCAUCAUCACCAUCACCUGCUUCACCACCACCGCGAUCGCGCCUCCUCGCUGCGUUGCGACGCGAAGAAGAAGGGCCUGUUCGACGAGAUGCUCGACGUCAUGGAGGGCGGCCCGAAGCUCCGCAGAUGGUACGGCUCGGACUCCUCCGUGGGCGCGCCCGGGGAGGAGCGCGUCGAGAGAAAGGCCCCGUCCUCGGACGUCGCGGACGCCGACGCGCGCGCGUCAGGAUCCAUUGGCUUCGACGAGGCGACGCUGCGCGCGUUCGACGCCAAGCCUCGUCGCUCCGUCCUCGUCGCCGGCGCCGACACCGCGCUCGGCGAGGCCGUCGUCAUGCAGCUCAUCGUCGCGAAGCAAGACGUCGUCGUCCUCGGCAUCGCGCCCGAGCUCGCCGCGACGCGGUUCGGGCCGUACGUCACCGCGGCGCCCGCGGAGAUGGCCGUCGACGACGCCGACGCGAUGACCGCGGCGCUGCGACGAGGCGCGCGAUGCGUCGUGUGCGUCUCGAAAGUGGGCGCGCUCCCGACUGCGGUCGCGAGGGACGACAAGGUGAAGCACGUGGUGCUGGUGUCCUCCGCGGCGAAGGGCGCUGGUGUCCUCGACGGCGUGAUCGGCGGGCUGUUCGGGGACGAGGAGGCGACGCGGCGGGACCGCACGCGCGAGGACGCGUUCGCCGCGAGCUGUGUUGAAUCGAAGACGCCGCUGACGAUCGUUCGCGCCGGGAAGACGCGCGCGUCGCCGGGGGGGAAGCAGCCGAUCGCGUUCACGCAGAGCGGCGGGGAGGUGGGCGAGCUGAGCCUGGAGGACCUCGCGGAGGUGACGGUGCGGUGUUUGGGCGCGCCGCCGAAGCCGGGGGACGUGUUGACGUUCGAGGCGGCGAACGCGCCCGGCGCGGCUGGCGAGAGGCGAAAGUGGAAGGAACUCUUCGCGUCGCUGAGCUGA